CUGGCUCCGCCGCUGGUCCACACUAUGGAUAUAGUCCACACCAUGACCGUGUUGCUGACGCUCGGUGCGCCGCCGCGCCACCCACCUCCACGCCUACCUCCCCCACGGCCAGCCGCGUUCUCCUCCUCCUGGAGCUGCCGUAUGAAGAGGGGGCCCUUGCAUCCGGGGACCUUCGCCAGCCCCGCUGACGCCCCCCGCGGUCGCGGUGGCCCGCUCCCGCAUCCAGAGCAGCGUGACCCUCUCCUCCUCGCCGCCCUCCGCGCCGCGCGCCUAAGGGAUGAGGAGUCCCGCCGCCCAGAUCCUCUUUUUAUUGAUCCAUAUGCUGCUGUGCUGCUUUCGCUUGAUGUGGCACAACAAACUUCGGAUUAUCUGGUUUCACAUUUAAUGCCUUCUGAAGACCAUUAUAGGCUAACUACUAGAUAUGUUGAUGAAAAAUUGGAACAUUUGAUAAGCAGUUCAGACAAUUUUAGACAGAUUGUUUUGUUGACAGAUGGAAUGGACACUCGUCCAUAUAGGUUGUGCUGGCCAAGGAUGUCUGUUGUGUACGAUGUAUCACCUGGAAGAAUCUUCAGUACAUCAGCCCAGCAACUCAAAGGAGCAGGAGCAAAAAUAUCGCGGAAUUGUGUUGUAUUUCAUACUCCUUUAGAAUCUCCUGAUUUACAAGAGGCCUUGUGCAAAAAUGGCUUCAACGGAAAUAGGCCAAGUGUGUGGAUCCUACAGGGUUUACCUCUGUUCACUUCUACAAGUUUGGAAAACCUUUUGCUUGUUGUAAGCAAUUUAGCAACGAAAGGAAGUAUCUUCAUGGGUGAGGUGCCACAUUUUCCAGAUUGUACAGCAGCAUCAGACCUGUUCUCCAAGCAAGGCUGGCUAGACAAACUUUUCUUUACCUGGGGUUUCCGGGUCAGCUUUGAUCACUAUGAAAAUGUUGCAAAUGAUAUUGGCCUAGAUCUAGCCCCCACAUGGAAACAACAUGGUGGAGUCCUUUUCGUUGCAGAACAGCUGCGGUUUUCAGAUGCACAGGUAAUACAGCCAAUGGAAGACACUUCACAUCAAUUUUCGGUUUGACAGUUUCGAGAUGGAGAGCUUCCGGAUGCACUUUGAAAGAGCAGAGGAGGAUGCUGAUGAAGAAGGAUUUGAGGAACUUUAGUUCAGUAUUCGCUGCAGGAGUUGUGCUUCAUGCAUUCUUGUCUUUCUCAUGUUAUUAUGGACGACCGGGAGAAGCAAAUGGUAAGGUCCACCUUGAUAGUGCCUUCGGGACACCAGGUUUAUUGGGUUUGGGUUGUUACCUUGUCUCGGCAUGUUCCCUAGGCCGAGUCGCCGGUUGAAUAAUUGUUUUGUUGUGACCGAGUUCAAGAAUGAAGUGCAGCAGUUUGUGCCUGCUGGCUGCUGGAAGAAUCAGCAUAUUGUUAUGAUGAAAGCACGAACUGGUUGUGACAGUAGGUCUUAUUUGAGCGUAAGAAACAUACUUCCUUUAUCCACGUUACUUAUUGGAGGACGGAGGGAAUAGCAUCUUGUGGCCA